AUGCCACCACGAACCUUACGAAAACGAGAGCGCAGAGCAAGUUCGGAUGCAAAUGCGAAUUCAAAUUUGAAUAGUUCUCCGAAUACAAUUACGGUACAAACCACUACGACAACUACAACUACAAUGAUGGUUGCUGCAAAUGGGGUUGAGGUUGAUGUUGAUGGAUCUAGGAGAACUAGUGCUGGGAGAACAAGUACUGGGGAGAAAAGACAGAGAGGAUUGGCGGAAUUUGGUAUUACGAGGAGUCCGCAUCCGCAGAAUAGGAAACGGGCGCGUGAGGUGGAUGGGGAAGAGGAUGAGGAGGGUGGAAGUGAUGGAAAUGGCUUAAAUGGAAAUACUGUGAAUGGGACAGCAAAGAACGAACUUACCUAUAGGCAAGAACGUGAAUCUACGAAUACACCUAAACGCAGAAGAACAAGCGUGGCUAGUCGUGUUAAUGGACCGACUAUCGUUACAGGUUUAGGUGGAAGGGAAUCUAUUGGAGAACGAGAAACACCCAGGGAAAGAACGAGAGAGAGGGAUGUUACGGUUAGCAUGGAAAAUUCACUACCAUCGCCCCCAGCUGAAGAAUCGGAGGGUGAUCAGGAUGGCGAUGCAAUUGAAGUUGAUACGGGAAGGAGUUCACCAAGUGGAAGAGAAGAAAGUAAAGGUGUAAGGGAUGAUGAGGAUGGAGAAAAAGAGAGGAAUAUUGAUGAUGUGGUUUUUGGGGAUCUUUGUUUUAAAAGUUGGUAUUCGAGUCAUUAUCCUAGGGAUAUUAUUGGGAAUGGAAAUCUGGAAAUUCAUUCUCAGGGUGUUAGUCAGGGGAGUGGAAAGAGUAGUAAGAGUGGAAAGAGUGGGAAGAGUGGGAAGAGUGGGAAGAGUGGGAAGAGUGGGAAGAGUACCAAAGGUGGAAGUGAGAGAGAUGCUAGGGGAGCAAAGGGAUUGCAGGUUGAUAAAUUGUAUGUCUGUAAUUGGUGUUUUGGAUAUACCGUUAGUGGUGGAGAGAUGGCGAUACAUAGGAAAUGUUGUGAAAGGAAAGGAACUGUUCCUGGGAAUUGUGUUUAUGAACAUGAGGAGGAUGGGGAGUGGAGUGUUUGGGAAGUGGAUGGAGAGGUUGAGGGUACCUUUUCUCAAUCUCUCUCGCUUUUCGCCAAACUCUUUCUCGAUAAUAAAUCCGUUCUCUAUGAUGUCCAGUCAUUCAAUUAUUUCCUCCUAGUUCACACAGAUCUCGAUACUGCCGAAAGACAAAUCAUAGGUUUCUUUUCAAAAGAAAAAAUGUCCUGGGAUAAUAAUAAUCUCGCCUGUAUCCUGGUAUUUCCUCCUUGGCAAAAGAAAGGUCUGGGAAGUAUACUCAUAGGUGUGAGUUAUGAAAUUAGUAGGAGGGAGGGUUUACUUGGAGGACCAGAAAAGCCUAUAAGCGAGUUAGGUAAAAAGGGGUAUGAGAGGUUCUGGGGUGCGGAAGUGGCGAGAUAUUUGUUGGAAUUGGAGGAAGGUGAUGAUAUUAUGGAGGAUGUAGAGGAAGAGGAGGAAGAAGAAAUUGAGGUUGUGAAAGUGGUUCAAAAGCCGGUGGUUAAGAAACCUUCAGGAAAGGGUAUGGGGAAGGGUUGGAGAAAGGAGAUGGUUCGACAAUGGGUGGAGAGAGAAGGAUUGAAAUUGGAGAGGUGUGUGAGGGAAGAGGGGUUUGUGGAGGGAUAUGGUUGGGCUAAAGAGGAGAGUGAGGAAGAGAGUUUAAUGGAGAGUAUUGAGGGGAGUGGGGUUGGUAGUGGAGGGGAUGGUGAGGAGGAGGAGGAGGAGGGAGAGGAGGAGGAGGAGUUGUGA